UGAGAUCGUCGGCAUGUCAGGUGCCAGUCACCAGUCCCAUUCUCGCCCCAAGUGGAAUGGACUAUUAGUGGUCAUCUGUCUCGGGAAUGCUGGCAUGCGGUGAUCAACGCCUCAUCGUCAGUUCGUCAGCGUGGUCAGGAAUGUUCGUUUGGGUAAGAUCGCGUGGGAGCGGAGUGAGAGUACCUGGAGGCCUGGAGGCCAAGCGAGCCAACGAGGUGCAGGGCGCUGGCAAUGAGUGAUCGUGUGAGGCGUCGUCAUUGGGUAACGAGCACCGAGGGCCGGGAGGACGAGGCAAAGAGCGGCAAGAGCCGAGCCAAACGUGUUGCUCUCGCUCUCUCAAGCCAUGCAGAGCUCACCAUGCUGACCAUCUCCCUCCCUCACCCCACGUGCCUACCCGCGGGGCCUCUCUCCCCGCCGGCCUGCCCAUACCGCCCACCGGCCCAAGCCCACCCACGGAAAGUAGCCGCAUCCGCAGCAUGCCAGCAUGAUCACAGGACAGAGCCGCGGGCCAGGAGAGGGCCGAGAGUCGAGAUCAUGUGGGGACCAUGAGGGAGGAAGAUGAUGAAAUCUGCUAAGCGAGGCGCAGAGAUGAGGAGGAGGAUGAAAGGAA